GGAACGGUAAUUAAAACGCAUGAAAUGUGAAAUUCCUCACGUUGUUGUUCAUGCAAAUUACGCAAACUUAGCGGCGGGCACAUAUCAACUACCACGACUGCAAGGUGCGGUCAUGAGCUCCUCAUUGUCUACCGCAAUCGCAACGCCAGCUGCUACACUGAACAAUCCAUCAGUUACAACACAAGCGACAACAACAACACCUGCCACUGCCAGUGGUCUUCGCAAUGCACCUGCAGCAGCAACUGCGGCGGCGGCGGCUGGGACGUCUAUAGGCGCGAUCACCGCACAAUUUCGCGAAAUACACAAAAAUACUUGGCUUAAAAGACUGAGUGCUGAUGGCAAGAAGUACACCGUAGGUCCCAAGAAAUCUGAGUGCAGUUGGGUGGUUUUCUGUGUGCAUGAUGACACCGAGGCGCUCCUUGAGGGUUAUGCGGAGCCGCGCCAGGCCCCCGCCCACAUUCCAGAGUGGAUUGUGUCGCUGCGGGAUACGCUGCAUAUAUCGCAUGCGCUAAUACCCAACUCGCAUGAAUUCGAAUUUGUUGUAACGCUCAGCAAUGAGGUAUUGCGCUUUCAUGCGGUGUCAUGGGAGAUUAUGCAAGAAUGGGUGGAAACAUUGCGUUCAAAGCUGCGCGAAAUGAAAAUUCUAUCGCCGCGUGAGAAUCUGUACACAAAGUUACCUGAAGUGCGCGCCCCAUUGCUGCCCACGCGCGAUCCCACCUCGCCGUUGCCAGCACCACCGCCAGUCCCGGCGGCUAUAGUGCCUGGUGUGGAACGCGUGGUGGUUGCCAUGCAUCAAAAUCCCAACAAUCAUGAGCAAACGUCCAGAACAUCGUCGACAGCAGAAUCAACAACAAACACCACCACCAGCAACCACAGUAGCAAUAGCAGUGUCAGCUCAUCAAUAACAACAACGACGUCAGCCAUAGCAGCGACAGUGGCAUCAGCACCCACUACCAUGCCACAUCCUGCAGCAAUGUCAAAUACUCUAACCCAGAAUUUGCUCAACAUGCUCUCCGAUCCCAUAAGCACCUACAGUGAACAAAUCAACGAGGCCACUGAGACGACCACUUUCAUUGAAAACGGCUCCAGUGUCGACACACAGCAUUCCACAAACGAUUCCGAUCAAAAUCUUUCCGACGAUGAGUUUCUCUCGCCAUUGUUGCGCAAAGCAUGCGUUGCCGACAAUGAUAAGGCCGAUCAAAUGUUAAAUUUGGAACAAAUAUGCGAACGACUAAUACCAAGGCCACAAACUUCGCGUUCCUUGUCCGCCGGCGCAGCUGACAAGACCAAGAGGACGCGCAAAAUUCCUCAGACAAGCGCUGCUUCUGAAGUCUCGAAUUUCGCACCAACUACCUCACAUAUUAAAGCCGCCGCUGCAACAUCACCAACUACUGCAGCCACAGCUGGCGAUCCACAGGAUAAUGUGACCAUAAUACAAGUGUCCAGCGAUUUGCUUAAGAAUGAACUUCCACCCAAACUGCCACCAAAAACCAACAACAACUCAGCGGACAUUUUUCGCUUUCCCGAUAUUCAGUGCAAGGUUAAAGGGAAGCCUAAGCAGCAGCAGCAACGUUCUCAACAACAACAACAGCAGCAAGUCGAAUAUAAAAGCAAUGUACAAAUCAUUCCGUCCAAUUCAAAUACCAUACAAGUUGUUUCUGCUGCAUCGGCCACCAACAACAGCAGCGGCGGUAAUCCCUACACAAUGCCAGUAAAACCAAAUGCUUCCAAUGCAACGCCAGUCACGUCCACACAAAGCUCUUCCAACGUUCCACAUACAAAUACGACUAUGGUGCAAGUCUUGGGUGAAAGCCCGCAAAUGGCAUCAACCACAACGGUGGCUGUCUAUGGCACUUGCUAUCCCACGCCGGCAGCAACAUCAAACGGCACCUCUCUAACUCCGAAACUUUCGAAAAAGAUCAUACUCAACGCAAGCAACACCUCGGGUGUGACCAGCAUCAGCGUGAACAAUGAACAGGCCGGAGAUGCUGUCAUAAGCGGUAAUGUGCAUUACGAGAAAGUGUUUUUAUCUUCCAGCAUACCCUUAAGUGGUGCCGGGAGCAGUCAGCAACAGUCACCGAGAAGGCUGACCCGAGCGCCGUCCAUUGAAGAGCGUCCUGCUCAUGCGAUUGUCACUGUGGAGAGCAGCAGCAAGAAGGCAUCAUUGCCAAAUGGAAGAAGCCCUGCCAUGCCACGACGACGCUUGGCUUCGCCGCCAACUGUGCCGAGCAGCAGCAGCACCCGCUCUACGCCGCAGCUAACACGCGGCUUGACCGAGCUGGUCAUCAGCACGCGACCCAGUCGCCGCGACUUCCACUACCUGAAAUUGCUCAAUACGCCACUGAAAACAAAACCAACCAUCCAAAAGACGACAAGUGCGGCCAACAAUAAUAUUGAGAGCUUAGCCGGCACAUCUAGUUCAAGUUCCACAACUGCCACACCAGCGCCCGCAGCUGUAAGUCGCGGAAAUGCCUCAAAUUCAAUUCUGGCGGACACCAUGGAGCAGCGCAGGCGCAGCUCAUCAACAUCUGAUGCUCAGGCACCGCUGCAACGAGUGGGCGCCCAACGUGGGGCCAAUAAUAAUGAAUUUACACCCGUUCGCGCAUUUCGAAUGCAGCAGCCCCCUCAACCAACUCCAGUUCCCGUAAACAAUAUAGGCGCCGUAUCGCCCAGUAAACGUCUAACGUUGCGCGAGCAACAGGUCAUGCAACUGCGACGCGAGAUAAUGCACCCUGGAGGCGUGCGUUUAAACUUACGGCGCAAGGACUGUGUGGGUUCCAUUGCCUGGGUGGAAGCUUUUGGCGGCGUGUGGAUUGCGGGCUGGAAGCAAAAGGAACAUCCGGUGCUCUACAAUGCUCUUCACAUUGGCGAUCAGUUGCUGUCCAUUGCCGGCGUUAGCAUUACCAAUGCGGCCGAAGCCAAUAAAAUUAUACGGAACACGAACACGUUAUUUGUGGAGGUGCUUUUACGUCGUAUGCCAUUUGGUCGCGCCUACGCCAUACGUCGCGAUCGGGAAGGCCAAUGCCUAGGACUUAUACGAGAUGGUAAUACUUCAACGAUUGUCGAUAUUGUGCCCAAUAGUUUGGCAGCUCGUCAUGGAUUGCCGCCCAAGGCGAAGUCAUGCGAUGGUUCCGCUCUAACCUUUUGGAUUCUCACCGAAAUCAAUGGGCGGCCAUUGAAUCUAUUUUUUAAGGAGCUCGAGAUACGCGAUCGCCUGAACUCAGUGGGAAGAGACAUAUCGAUUUUGGUGCAACCAUCUGAUUUGAUAACCAAAUUGAAGAAACAAUUGAAAUCGUUGCGUGGAUACAAGGAUUAUCUAGUGCAGUAGUUGGGCCGCAUACUUACUUAUAAAGUGGUCAGCAAUUCCAUGUAGCUUAUAAAAUAACUCAAAUCUGUUAUAUGUUAUAUAUGUAUUUUUGUAUAACACUGGGCCAGUAAUCAUUCCAUUUGAAUGCAUGUGGAACUUAAGGAGAACGCAGGCUAUAUAGUCAACACUUAUAUAUGGACACUACUUAAAGGACUUAGGCGUAGCGUUGGGGAAUAUAUACAAAUCAUAUAUAAAUAUAUAUAUAUAUAUAUAUUUUUGCAACUUUUAUAUACACAUACCUACAUAUAUACAUGCAUAUACAAAACUAUAUACAUACAUAAAUCACUUUGAAACGAUCCAAUAGCUAUGAAACUCUAUUAACAAAUUUGUAGUAACAAAAUUAUAACAAUUUUUAGAACGGAAGAUGAAGAAAAAGUAUGCUGAUUUGAGAAUAUUCCAAAAGUUUACAUAUAAAUAGGUAUUUAUGUAUAUCGAAUCUACUUGUAAUAUGUACACUCACACACGCAUACACACACACACACACACACACACACAACACUUAGUAUCCUUAUGCAAUAUUAGAGUGCCUCUAAUGUUUCCCUUUACAUUGAAACAGUUUUUAAGUUGUUUUAAUUUGUUUUUUUUUGUAAAAAGAAAAACAUCUACGUAAUUUUAAGAUGUGAUAAAAAGUGAGUACUCAAAUUUAGGC